CCUGUUGUGAUAUUUAAUAAUGAUUCUAAUUGUAAAGUUUGGUGCAUUGGAAGUUAUCUAAAAAAAGAUUUUUGUUUAAGCAUAAAUAUAUGCAAGAUGGAGAACGAUGUUCUUGAUUCACUGGAAGAUCUUGGGUAUAAAAUUCAGUGAUUGACAUACACCCAACUAACAACUAAGUCUCUUAUUAAUACAUAAGAUGAAUAUUAUUAUUAUUAUAGGAAUGGAAUGAAUAGGACAGAUAAUCAAUAAAAAUAAGAUUUAACAAUUUAACCAUUAAUUUAAUGUAAUGAUUAAGUUACUUAGAGUUAGAGUACUUUAAGUUCAAGAUGUGAAUCAAAAUCAAUGAAUACAUCCUAGCUUUAUUAUUAAUAAUAUCUUAUAUAUAUUUUGAUUGUGGUGUGGCCCUCCCCCUACUCAACAUGUUUUAUAUUAAAAUAGUGAGGGUCAUACGUGACAAUUGUCAAUUGACGUGACAAUUGUCAAUUGACGAAUUGAACACACUUAAUCUUAAAAAGGUUGAAUUUUUCAGAGGCGACUAUUAUAUCAAUCAAUAAAGAGCCACGGGUAUUAUGGUUAUAGGACUGUCUCUGCAGGACUAUUGUUUAAAUGCUGGCAGAUACGGUGUAGGCUGUAGGCGUAUGACUAUUGUUUAAGUUUAAGGCUGGCAGGUAACCAAAUCCAGCCAGUAGUAGUGUUUCAACUACCACAUCGGAACACUUGACAGGCUAUUUAAACAUUGAUAGUAUAUAAAAAUCUGGACAUUUAUAUUCUUGAAAUAUUUUAUAAAUCGGUCAAGGAAUAUUCAAUAUUUUUUUUUUUUAAAUGUUUUUAUCAGUUUGAUUAAAGUACUUAAACUUAAACAUUUAAGAAUUUGCAUUAAAAAAAAAAAGCUUUGAGAAAUGAUUCAAUGCACCACACAAAUCAACUAGUCAUGAAUGCAAUUUUGUUUAUUUUAUAUCACUAAAUAGAUUCUUUUGAAUGAAAUUUUGUUUGAAACCUGUCUAAAAGAUAAUGGGGAGUUGUUCUCCUUUGGUCGGUGUUUCAAUGGAUAAAAUGACAGAUAGCCCAUUGUUGAAUGGUUUACAUACGGGUACUUAAGAUGAAAACUGCAGAUACUUCAUUUAGUAAAGUAUAGCAGCCUUUUCUAACCUGGGAUGCUAACACCGACAAGGGGUGCAAUGAAGCACUUCAGUGGGUACAAGGAACAUAUGAGCCAUUGACUUGGGCUUGGGAGUAACGAUAUUAAUUUUUAUGCAUAUUUUUUAGUUUCCUAAUUUACAAAUUUACUUUAUAUAAUAAGUCACAAGUUUAUUUUUGUAAUAUUUACAGUUCUCUUUUUAAAACAAAAAAGAAUUUCUAUUUUCAAUUUUAAAGGGAGUGUUACUUUUUUGAGGAUGUGAAACUUAGUCAAACAAUUUGUAGGGCUGCAAAUAUAGAAAAGGUUCGGAAACCCUGUAGUAAAGCCAAAACUAAAAAAUUUCAAGCUUAAUUACUAUUUGGCUAUCCCACUACUUCAAAUACAUUUUAGCAGGGUUGGUGGGGGGGGGGUGUACAUACAUAAUACAUAAAGGCUGUAAAGACAAGUUUUUACCUCUUCCAUCAGUGAAGUGGCCACUUUUCAUAUGGUCUGUUGUGUGAACCUUUAUGGAAGUCCACGUUUAUUUAGAUGGCCACUUUUCAUAGGGUGGGUGGGGGGGGGGGGUGUACAUACAUAAUACAUAAAGGCUGUAAAGACAAGUUUUUACCUCUUCCAUCAGUGAAGUGCUCUUCUUAAAUAAAAACUUCAAUAUCUGGUGGACAGAUUAGUAAUUAAUAAUCCAUUUGUUUAUUUAAAAUUAUUUAUUAAAAAUCACUUUAAUAUCAAACAUCAAUGUUCAUAAGCCAGAUUUUUAAUGAUCUGUUUUUUGUUCAUUUCUCAAUGGGGGAGAUAGCAUGUAUGUUAAAAUAUGAUGAUUGUCUUUUUAUCUCUACUUUACUUCGCUAAAAUAUAAGUAAGUUGAUUAUAACUAUUGUGCCUAAGCCUUUUUAUUUAUUUAUUAAAAUAGGACGGUAGAUCGUCAUAAAGUAUAAUAAUAAUAGACCUAGGCCUACAUAGAUAUAAUUUAGAUUAUAGUAUAGAGCAGGCCUGCACAACAUACCAGCAGGCACUUUCCAACCCGCUAAGUAACGAAAUAUUCUUUAUACUUAUUAUUUUCUUAUAGCAUUCCCCCUCUCCUAUUUUCUUUUGGCCCGCACAAGUUUUUCAUAAAGCAUUACGGCCCGCCUUACAUUUUUAGUUGUGCAGGCCUGGUAUAGAGGCAUAAGGUGGUACUGGGUUGUAUUUUUGUGUUGAAAAUUCAAUACCCGGUAUGGUUAAAAUGAAAUAGUGUAUUUAUUUGACAAAAUUAUUAAAGUCUAGGCAGGCUGAUAACAGGUAAAUAACUAAAAAUGCUAAAAUUGCAUCAUUUUUUUGUAUAACCUUUCUUUAAUUAAUGAAGCUAAAACGCUAUAUUAACCCUUUAAAAAUUCAACCCAGGCCUUGCAGUUGAAAAUUACAGAGAACUAUUUACAUGUCUUUGGGAAGCAUUUGUCACUAAGGAAUUUCCAAAACUAUGAUUUAAACUUCUGUAUUAUUGCUGUGUAGUGUAUGAUAGGUUCUUUGUAUUUCAUUAAUAAUUAAUCUGAGGCCCACUUAUGGUUAAAAUAAAGCUAGUAAAACAACAAAUGCCACUAAGUUUAAAAUGUUUAAAUUUAACAUACUGGUAAAUGUCAAUAUAUGUUGAAUGGUUUGUGAUUAUGUUUGAUGCUUAAAUUGUAGAUAUGAUGGUCCUCUUCUGGAUGAUAAAGCGCUAUCUGAGGCAGUAGAGACUGGAGCAAAGUCUGUUGCAUACACACAGUUGGUAGAAUGGGUUGUUUCACAGUUGGCAAGUUUCUGUAGCAUUGAUUCUAAAGUUUCAGCCAUACAAGGUAUUCAAUUCCAGCAGUGUUAGUUGUUGGUUUAAUGUAAAAUUCAAUACUGUUUCCUUGUAAUGCACCAAAAAGCACAAUUUUAGAUUAAAACUUCUGAUAAACCAAGAACUAACUUUAACUCUUUCAUCAAUGGGUACAAUAUACCAAUGUGCCGGAGAGUAUUUCUGGAAUUUUUAUUCAUGUCACACAUGAAUUUAAUGGUAAUAUAGAUAGCCACAAAAGUAUACAAGCUGUGUAAAAAUUAAAGUUUAAUUCCUGAAUUAUGUUUUAUGUGUUUACUAAUUGAUCUGUAACUAAUCAAUAAAGUGUUUUAAUUUUUCAGGACCAAGUGACUCUGAACAUUUCCUCUUGGAAAUAAGUGGAUUUCUACGAGAAUUCUGUAAGUGAAAGUGACACAUCUCUGCUGCUUUGACACCUAAAAAACAACAUUGAAUUUAUUUAAAAUGUGCAAUAUUUAUAAUUUAUAGCUUUUUCUUGUUUUCAAAGCAUGUUAUUCUUUUUAAAAAAACUUUUAAUAAUGCUGUGUUUUACAGUAGAUCUCUUAUGUUUAGGAAAUCUAAUGAUUAAUUUAACUCUCCAUAGCAUGUCCUUAUGCAAAUCUAACUGAAGGGCCUGUAGAUGGUAGGCUUUCUUCAAAGAAGGCAUGUUUACAACUAUUGGGUGAGUUCUAAAUAUACAACUUUUUGUGGGAAAAUACAAAUAUUUGUAUUCUGAUGGGUUUUUUUCUUCUUUAGUUAUGUUCUUGUUGUCCAUUUGGUGCAGUCAUAGCAUUGAAUGCCUCUUGACCAAUAGCCGGUUUGAAUCUGCGUCUUCCUUCCCACCUAACUUGCUGUGGGAUUAAAAAUUGUGUCUACACAAAGAUUGAUUAGUCUUAGUUAAAUUUUAGUGGUGAAAAACAAAUCCACAAUCUUUAAAAAAUAUUAUUUUUUCUACAUUAAGUAUUUCAUAAAUUUCCUGUACAGAUUUGAUGAAAGUAUUAUUUGUUUUCACACCACUGCAUGUUUUGUUAUUUCAUUUUUUUUUUAAAACUGUAACUUAUUAUUUCACAGAUUAUCUAUUAAGCGAAUUAACUAGUGUGAAAAUGUUGGCGGCUAAAAGGCCAUUAGUGCUUGCUGCAUUGUCAAAAACGUCUUCAGAAAUUGCACAAUUGGUUAGUUUUGUGUACAUUAAGUUUGUUGUGACUUUAACAUGAUAGUAGAAAAUAAAAUAAAAAAUUUUUUAAUUUUUUUUUUUGUGUGCAAUUUUUUAAGAAAAUAUCUUUAAAUGUUGAUUAUUUAUAAUUCCACACUGUUAAAUUUUCUUUUGUGAUAUAGCUGGCUCACAAGUGUUAACAAUCUUCACUAUUUGUAUAUGACAUUAUUGUGGUGUGUUAAUGUCAGCUAGUCUAUUUAUGAACAUUUAUGUGACUAUUUCAUCCUGAAGACUGAAUCAGAAGUUGCCAGAUACCUGAAGAUAGCACUAGUGACUCUAAAAUUCCCAAAACCUCCACCUAACAUCACAGCUUUUGACCUUUUCAGUAAAGUUGAAGAUAAGGUAUGACAUAUACUUUACACAUUACUACUUUCAAGACCUACUGUGUAUGUGUAGAUCUUAAUUAAUAGAAAAAUGUAAUUUAACAUAAUAUAUUUCUCAUGCAGCAAAAAGAAGGAAAAACUAAAGAGCACCCAGGUGUCAUUUUAUAUUUUAUAACCAGAAGAGAAGACCUUGGCUCAAAAAAUAAGUAUGAAAGUUCGUAAGGGUUAAUCACUUACUUGUUACGGGAUGAUCUCAGUUAUUUGAGUAGGAAGAGUUUAAUUGCUAUGAAGAAAUUCUCAAAUUAAUCCAAUCUAGUUAUUUAUCUAAUGAGGCAUUCCCCUGGACUAAGACUUAUAUGCCAAAGGCUAGAUGUUCCAAUAGAAAGGGAAGUGGGUAUAUAAAUUAGCUUGCUCUGGUGAUGCUUUUAGGAGCUGGGUGUGUAACUUAACCCUUCCCAAAUUUUACAUCCCUUGUUGGGGAAGAGCAGUUUGGGGGAGGGGGGACGCAAUAAUUGGAGACUACAGGUCAUUCAUUAAAUCUUAAAUCCUAUUAGGACUUUAUGCUGUAUCUAAAUUUUUAAAUGGCCCUCCAGAGAAACCGUCCCUUACGGGUUUUCUAUUUAACAAACUUUGGCAGCGUGGAAGGCAUCCUGGAGUUAAAAGUCCUGUGACUGCCGUUUCUUUUACAUGAGUUGGGUGUGCCAUGAUUACUUAAUUAAACAAGGAUCACUAAACAUACAGCAUUAUUAUAUAAAUUCAUUGAUGUUAUCAGUAACCAACAACAAGGGGACAUCUGUUUUGCAUUAAUGUUUCACAUAGAAAAUGACCUCGGUUAAUUAAUUAAGUAAUAAAACUAAUAACUAUUAUUUCCUUAUUAUUUUUAUUCAACAGUUGAAAAUUCUUAUGGCCCAGUAUCCUGACCAGGCUGGAAAACCUCUGUUGAAAACAAAAUUGUCAGAGGUACAUUGGGCUCAGCUUUUAGCAAUAAAUACCUACCUUUCCGAAGAGUACAGAGUACGUCGAGAAAUGUUACUGAAGAGGCUAGAUGUUACAAUCCAAUCUUUUAAAUGGUCUGAUAAAGCAAAGGUAGGAAUAUAUUGGUUGUGAAACCUUGGCCAUUACAAACUUUAAAGGACAUGAACUUUCUUGCUUCUGUAAAUUACGUUGUUUGAAAUAUUCCUUUGGUUAGGUCAUUUAAAUGAAUUUUGGAAAAUGCCUAUGCCUGUAGCACACUUUGAGAUCACUCAACCUACAUUGACAAAAACCAGCAUUGCCCAUCUCGUCCCACUUAAGUUUAGGCACCAUUAGAUUUUUCAAUUACAGCAAUCUUAUUUUCUACAAAUACAGCAGUCAGUAAGUUUCGAGAAUCAAAUUAUACACAAAGGAGACACACUUUCACUGAUCUGUUUUACCAACUUGAUACUUUCACUUUACUGAGUUAUGACUGGUACUUUCUUUUGUUGAGCCAUCCCCACUUCCCCUUAACAAAAACAUCCAAUCAACACUGACUUCUGUUUAGCUUGUCUCAUGCAACCUAAGAUAUCUUUUACUAGCAUUUGUUCUGAUUCUAGUUAGCUGCACAUUUCUACUGGGCAUAGUUUCUUUUCUUCCUCAUGCUUGUAUUUAUUUUUUUUUGCCAUGUUUGUAGUUUUAAAUAGUUUCUCUGAUUGCUUUUCCUUAGAACAAUGAAAACAAAAUUGCAGAAGUUUACCAACCCAUUAGAAGAUUAUUAACUUCAAAAACAGAUAUUGGCGUGCCACAAAUUCUUGCUGCAAGAGACGGUAGGAGUGUUUCAUAAUGUGUUUUUGUUCAUAUUUAUACAAUAUACAGGUAUGUCUACUUUUUAAUAUAAUACUUAGGAAUACUCUUUUAAAAGACCAGAAGGAAUGGGAUAUUAUUAGUUAUUUCUUUUGAUUUUUCCAAAUUUCCAGACAUUUUAAAUCAAAGUUAUUUUCUGUUAAAACCAGAAUCAGUGUUGUCAUUCUAUGUUAAAUUUAGCAUGUUCAGCAAUAUUUCCAUUUUACAGAUUUAACAAGAUUGCAGAAAACUAGCAGUGGUGAGGCAAGAGAGCGAACGAAAUGUGCAAUAAACAGAAUUCUGAUUGGUCAAGUGAGUCUUAUACAUUUGAAUUUUUAGAUAGCGAUAGUUAGUUAAAGAUAAAGUGAAAGCCUGUUGUUUUGUUUGUUCUUUUUUAAAACCAGAGGGGUUGUCGGUUGGUUAUGGACAUCAAACAAAAAAAUUGAUCUCUGGAAAUUCUCUAAAAUUUGUUUGCACAGGUACCUGACCGUGGUGGAAGAGCCUGGGAACAUGAACCUCCACCCCCUGAAAUGCCAGCAUUUGCUAAAAGAGAUCCAGGAACACAAGGUAAAUUACCUCAUCUUUUAACUUCAGUUUUUUUUUUUAUACAUUAUAUUGGUUUGAUUUGUGUAUCACAUUUCAGGGGUUUGCCAAGUGCUACAGAGCUGGAAUUUUUAAGACCUUCGUCUCAGGGGGCCUUUUAAUCUUUUAAAAUAAGUUGGAUCCUCCAAAGAAGCAUUGAAUCUGAAGCACACAAAUAAAAGAUAUCUCCAUAUUCACCAAUAACUUUCAUUUACCAACAUUGCAACUAUGUUUAGAAAGUACAUUUCCAUAUUUCAUCUUAAUAAACACAAAAAAAGUUAUGAAAUGUUCUAAAUAAUUCUUUUGGCAAAUACGCAAAUAGUACUCAUACAUUUUAAAAAAAGCACACAAAAAUUGCAUUGUAUUUUUUUUUAAAUUAAUGUACCCAGUAUUCUUGAUCAAUAGUAUCAAAUGUUUAUUGCAGGUGGUGGUAAUUUCCAAGGAGGUGGUAGGGGAGGUCGAGAUAAUGAGAGGGGAGGAAGAGGUGCUGGAAGAGGUGACAGAGGAAGAGGUGGACGUGUUCAAGGUAGUUGGGGAGAUGCUCCAACAGGGGCUGCUGGAGGAAACUGGAACCGAGAUGGUGGUGGAUAUCAGCAAGGAGGAUAUUCAGGAAGGGAAAGUAGUUACCAAGGAGGUGGUGCUGGUGGUGGUUAUCAAGAUCGUGGUGGAUAUCAAGAUCGUGGUGGAUAUCAAGAUCAUGGUGGUAGUGGUUAUCAAGGAGGUGGUGGUUAUCAAGGAGGUGGUGGUUAUCAAGGAGGUGGUGGAUAUCAAGGAGGUGGUGGUGGAUAUCAAGGAGGAGGUGGUGGUGGAUAUCAAGAUCGUGGUGGUGGAAGAGGUGGUCGAGGAAGGGGGGGAAGAGGAAGGUAAUAAUUUAGUAAUUUUAUUUAGCCUUAAAAUUAUUUUAACAUGGUCUUGAAGAUUGUGGAUGUUGGAAAUUUAUUUCUUGUUUAUAACUGGGUGCUCUUAACUUAGUCUCAUUCAAGUGGCCCUACUACCUCCCUCCUUUGAACUGUGAGUCUUUAUUAUUGUUGACAUUUGAGCAUGGCCAAUAUAUAUAGUUAAAAUAUGUAUGAUUUUCAUAGGUUAUAUAUAAGCUGUCACAUUCAGUUUCUUUUUUUGAAUGCAUUUUGUUUGUUAAAGUGAAGUAUAAUUACUUGCAUUUGCACAAUUUGUUUUAAAAUCAUUUUUAGUCUUUAUUUUAAAAUUGUAUUUCCAAUGCUAAUAUAAUCUAAUAUGAUCAACUGGCAACCUUCCAUUUCUUGUAUAACUUAUAGAGUUGUGCUUGCUUUACUAAUAAAAAAUAAAUCCAAUUCCUAUCUGAGUACAUUAUUGGAUUAACCUCAAUGUUAGUGAUCGCUCACACUUAAUGAAAAUAAAUAUAAUUUCGUAAGGUUAUUUUUGUUUGUGAGAUGAUUUUUUUUCUUGUUUUGCUGUGAACUAUUUUGUAUUUUCAACUAGAAAAUAUGCAACCAAUGUUUUUUUAAUUUAUGAUUACCAGUACUAGAAAUUGUGAAAAAUAUGUCAAUCUGUUUAUGUUU